AUGUCUCUACUCAGUCUCCUCUUCUUCUCACUCCUCUCUCUAUCCAACUCAACCCCACUAAAAAAACCACACCCUCUUCCGAUUCUACCCCUCCCUUCCUCCCAACAGCUCCAAUGGCAGCUCGGAUCCACCGCCAUGUUCCUCCACUUCGGCCCCAACACCUUCACCGACUCCGAAUGGGGCUCCGGCAAAGCCCCCCCGUCGGUCUUCAACCCGACCCGCCUCAACGCCACCCAGUGGGUCCAAACCGCCAAAGCCUCCGGCUUCUCCCGCGUCAUCCUCACCGCGAAGCACCACGACGGCUUCUGCCUCUGGCCAAGCGAGUACACCGACUACUCCGUCAAGUCCAGCCCCUGGAGAAACGGAACCGGCGACGUCGUGGCGGAGCUAGCUUCCGCCGCCGCCGCGGAGGGUAUCGGACUCGGUCUCUACCUCUCUCCGUGGGACCGCCACGAUAGAGCUUACGGGAAGACGGUGGAGUAUAACGAGUUUUACCUGAGUCAGAUGACCGAGUUGCUGACCAAGUAUGGAGAGAUUAAGGAAGUGUGGUUAGAUGGAGCGAAAGGGAAAGGAGAGAAAGACAUGGAGUAUUACUUCACCACUUGGUUUAGUUUGAUUCAUCAGCUUCAGCCCGGCGCCGUCAUCUUCUCCGACGCCGGUCCUGAUGUCCGGUGGAUCGGUGACGAAGCUGGAGUCGCUGGGUCCACUUGCUGGUCGCUUUUUAACCGAACCGACGCGAAAAUCGGGGACACUGAUCCUCUGUACUCUCAGGAAGGUGAUGGGUUUGGACAAGAUUGGGUGCCUGCGGAGUGUGAUGUAUCCAUCAGACCGGGUUGGUUUUGGCACGCGUUGGAGUCGCCUAAACCGGUGGGGAAGCUUUUGGAUAUAUACUAUAACUCUGUGGGGAGAAACUGUCUUUUAUUGCUUAAUGUUCCUCCUAAUUCCUCAGGGUUGAUAUCUGAGGAAGACGUCAAGGUUCUUGAGGAGUUUAGUGAGGUGAAAAGAUCGAUUUUCGAUAACAAUCUCGCUCGUAAAGCCGUGGUUAACUCGAGCAGUGUUCGUGGGGGAGAGUUUGGUGCUGAGAAUGUUUUGGAAGAAGGGUUGGAUAAGUACUGGGCGCCAGAGGAGAAGCAGAAGGAGUGGGAGUUGUAUUUGGAGUUUCGAGACCCGGUUAGUUUCAAUGUGUUGGAAGUACGAGAACCGAUACAGAUGGGUCAGAGGGUAGCAUCUUUUCAUCUGGAGGUGCGGAGCGUUAAGAGCGGUAAGUGGGAGAGAGUUGUGACGGGCACGACGGUUGGUUUCAAAAGGCUGUUGAGGUUUCAGAGAUGUGAGACGCGGUCUGUGAAGUUUGUGGUGGAGAAAGCGAGGGCAGACCCGCUUAUAUCGUACCUUGGAGUGUAUAUGGAUAAGUUUUCGGAUUUGGGAAGAGACUCAUCGAAGAUAACAGUCACAAGGACACUUCAGGAGGAGCUUGUACUAAAUGAUUUCAAGAGAUAA